GGCCAAUCCACGUCUCUUCUCUACUCUAUAAAAUAAGAAGGGUUUCAAUUUCCUUCCAAAAUCAGAAACGGCUGUAGCAAAUUCAACAAACGUUCUCUCCAAGUUUAGCCAUGGAAAUAAAAUUGGAUUCAAUUGCCUCUACAAGGGAUAGCCAAAGAAGCAAUGAUGCAAAGAGUAAAAUUGAUGAGGCAGAAUUCCCUUAUUUUGAUAAUAUUCCAUCCCAUAUCAUUGCUGACAUUCUGCUUCAACUUCCCAUUAAGUCUCUUCUUACUUGUAAAUGUGUUUCCAAAAGUUGGAAAACACUUAUUUCAGAACCACAUUUUGAUAAAUUGUACUCUGAUAGAGCACGAAUUAGUUUCAUAAUUCGAACCUAUAAUCAUAACUUUAUGCCAAAAAACUUUUAUCAUCUUGAGUGUGAGUCUGAAAAGUUUGAGAUUGGAAGAAACAACCCUGUUAAGCUUAAUCCCUUAUUCAAGCUUCGUCUUUGUUUUGACAAAGAAUGUUUGAAGAAAGAUAAUUAUUGGAAUAGAAAAAGGCCUUUUAUUGGUUGCAAGGCACGUCAUGAUAAGUGUGGAAUUCUGAAUUCUUGCAAUGGCUUGCUUUGUUUGUGUCAUCAUAAUAAUUUAACUCCUUUAGUGAUUUUAAAUCCAACCACUGGCGAUUUCAUAAGACUUCCUGAAGUUACUAAAACUCCUAAGAGGUUAAACCCAACUCUGGUAAGAAUUGUAGGAAACGCCGGUUUUGGUUUCCAUCCUAAAACUGGUGAAUAUAAGGUUAUACAUAUGUGGUUGAAAUAUGUUAAGGGGAACCGUGUUAUGCCUAACGGUGUUAGCCGUCCCUAUGGUUGGGUGUUUGAAGCUAUGACCCUUGAGAUACACACGCUUGGAACAUCAUCUUGGAGAAAUGUUGAAGUGGAUCCUCAAUUUUCUAUUAAGGAGCUUAAGCAUGCCACUUGUGUGAAUGGUGCACUUCAUUGGAUCAGAUUUGAUAAUUGGCAAAUGUCAAUAUUGUGUUUCAACUUUGAUAGUGAGAUGUUGCAAUUAUUCCCUUCUCCACCUUGUUUUGAAAAUAAUAAUAAUAAUAAUGAAAUGAGUUAUGAGAUCAUCCGCAUGGGACAAUUAAGUGGAUUUCUUUACAUAUGUUGUGCUUCUGAUCAAAAUGCUACAAUGUGGAUUAUGAAGAAGUAUGGUAUUGGAGAAUCAUGGACUAAUGUGUACAAUAUUGAUAUUUCCAGCAACCGUCUUUUCCCUUCACCUUUUACUUUAUGUUGUCCAUUAAAACACUUUGAGGAGGGUGCUAUCAUAUUGUUAUAUUUAUAUAAGUCUCAUUGUUUUAUCUAUUAUGAACUCGAGAAGAACCGAUUCAAAGUUUUUCAAAUUCAUGAGAAUCCACCAUUUUUUGAAGUAAUUCCACAUAUUCCAAGUCUAAUCUCAUUGAAAGAUGUUGUGAAAGGAGACAAUAUUGAGGUGCUAAAUAUCCACUCAAGGUGUACAAAAUUUAAAUUACCAGAAGAAAAUGAAGUUCUAUCCUUGGUGCAAGAGUUUGUGAACACUCGCAUGAAGAUCACUACGAUGUGAGGACCACACCUCUUAAAAAGAGUGUGUCUGCUACAUUUAUUUGUAAUACUUAUUUCUCUAGUUACAUAUAUAAAUAAAAAUCAAGAUAAAAUUGAUUUAAAAUUUGAGUUAAAUAUAUUAUGAUUUUUGCUAUAUUUUUAUUAGCUGGAGUAAUUACUUAUUUA